AUGAACGCCUUGUCUCGUCUCGUUUUCGUCGCCGUGACAGCGGCAUCCUUUUUCGGCGUGGCCAACGCCCAGUUCCCCGGCCCCGACAUAACCGAAGGACAAGAAAUUUGUGCCUAUGGGUUCGUUAUGGAUUGGUUCUGUAUUGACCGUGGAACUCUUUUGGAUGCUUCCUCUAUAAAGACGCUGGAGAAUCCUGGAGCGCAUUCUGUCCAUUGCUUGGUUGAUGUCGGCGUGUGCGUUGACAGUGGUUACCACGUCCUGCAAGAUCCAGUGUGCCCUGGAGAUCUUCACGGAACUGGAUGGGCCCUCAGCAGUGUCGACCCCAUCUUGGCCGAUGCUCGGGCUGUUGGGUCCUGCAGCACUUGCGACGGGUCUGGUUCGCUCGUCAAAGGAUAUCGAGCCGAAAUCAAGGGAACCGUCAAGACGGUCGAUCCUCCCGUCUUGGACAUUACAGGAGUGACCUAUUUGGCCGAUGGAGCAGACGGUUGUCCCGACGUGCCAAAGCCAGCUUGCACUGAUGGAGCAGCGACCACCGACAGCACUGCGUCCACCGACGCCCCUGCUCCAGAAGGGACCACCGACGCCCCGGCCUCUGGUGCCACCCGCAACAGUCUCACCACGAUGGUUUCUGCUUUUUCGGUCCUUGCUUAUGCCUUGUUUCUAUGA